AUGGCUCACAAGUCUCCUGCCCCUUCGCCACCUGCCUUCCUCAAUGGUGACUAUGAACCCGAGCCACUCGUUUAUUCGCCAUCACCUCUCAUCUCUAACGUAAAAGGAUAUAACGAAUCGGCCAUAGAUCCUGUAUUCUAUACGGAUCCUUCCAUGGUAAAACCAUCUGGUAUAAAUACUUUUAUUCCACAAAGCCUCCCUUUUUCCGUGAAUUAUAAUUAUCAACAUGCCGGAAUUCCUCCACGUGCAGAAAGUUUUACACCCAUGCCAUUAUCACAUGAUUAUUCGCCUAUGACCGAUCAAUUUCAUUUUUCAACUCAGUCAUUAAGGUCUAAACAAAUGCGUUAUAAUCCUCCACGAGUAAUGCAUUCUCCAUUACCACAAUCUUCAAUGAUAACUGUUUAUAGCUCAAAAGUUGCAUCGACUACACCUUUGAGAAAGUAUAAGUGUGAUUACUGCCAAAAAUUGUUUACUCGACCCAGUCAAUUAAAAACUCACACGUACACCCAUACUGGUGAAAAACCAUUCAAGUGUAGUUUUGAAGGGUGUGGGCGUUGUUUUUCAGUUAUUAGUAAUCUUCAUCGACAUGAAAAAAUUCAUGAAAAACAUGUGAUUCAACCUAGAAAAUAA